AGGUGGAGGGAGAAGGGAAAGUUUGGCCCGUGCGUGGGGCUCGGGUGGAGGGCGGGACAGAGGGGCUGGGCCCAGGCGAAGCUUCUGCCGCUGCCGUUGCGGAGGCCGAGAACGGGGUGUGGGCCGGGCCAGGGAGUGCCGGACGCGGAGGAGCGGGAGGCGAGGUCUGCUGGAGCUCUGAGCCCCCGCUACUCUGCCGUGCGGUGACCCCGUGCCCCGGCGCAGUCCGAUCCGUGGCUGUUCCGCGGCGGCUGGUGGGGGCGCGGUGGCGGCAGUUGGGGGUGGGGAGCCGCGCGGCGAGGAGACUAGAGAGGUCAGCUAGUUUGAGGGAGAGCCGAGGGCGCUGCUGCCGUCAUGUCCGAGGACUCGAGCGCCCUACCCUGGUCCAUCAACAGGGACGAUUACGAGCUGCAGGAGGUGAUCGGGAGUGGAGCAACUGCUGUGGUCCAAGCAGCUUACUGUACUCCUAAAAAGGAGAAAGUGGCAAUCAAACGGAUAAAUCUUGAGAAAUGUCAAACUAGCAUGGAUGAACUCCUGAAAGAAAUUCAAGCCAUGAGUCAGUGCCAUCAUCCUAAUAUUGUGUCUUACUACACAUCUUUUGUGGUAAAAGAUGAACUGUGGCUAGUCAUGAAGCUGCUAAGUGGAGUGACACACUGGAGAAACUGGAUUGCUUUGUUAAAGGCCCUGUUCAUAUGAUGGUUGGAAGCCUUGCUAACACCAACCACCUUUCAAGAUGGUGGUCAAGCAUGGUUCUUUCAGUAUGGAGUGAUAUGGGAAUAUUAGGUUCUGUUCUGGAUAUUAUUAAGCAUAUUGUGGCAAAGGGGGAACACAAAAGUGGAGUUCUAGAUGAACCUACCAUUGCUACAAUACUUCGAGAAGUACUGGAAGGGUUGGAAUACCUACAUAAAAAUGGACAGAUUCACAGAGAUGUGAAAGCUGGAAAUAUUCUUCUUGGAGAAGAUGGUUCAGUACAGAUUGCAGACUUUGGGGUUAGUGCUUUUUUAGCAACUGGUGGUGAUAUUACCCGAAAUAAAGUGAGAAAGACCUUUGUGGGCACCCCCUGCUGGAUGGCACCUGAAGUUAUGGAACAGGUCCGAGGUUAUGAUUUUAAAGCUGAUAUCUGGAGUUUUGGAAUUACAGCUAUUGAACUGGCUACAGGGGCAGCUCCUUAUCAUAAGUAUCCACCAAUGAAGGUGUUAAUGCUAACACUGCAAAAUGAUCCUCCUUCUUUGGAAACUGGUGUUCAAGAUAAAGAAAUGCUGAAAAAAUAUGGAAAAUCAUUUAGAAAAAUGAUUUCAUUGUGCCUUCAGAAAGAUCCAGAAAAAAGACCAACUGCAGCAGAACUGUUAAGGCACAAAUUUUUCCAGAAAGCAAAGAAUAAAGAAUUUCUCCAAGAAAAAAUAUUGCAGAGAGCACCAACCAUUUCUGAAAGAGCUAAAAAGGUUCGGAGAGUGCCAGGUUCCAGUGGCCGUCUUCAUAAGACAGAGGAUGGAGGCUGGGAGUGGAGUGAUGAUGAAUUAGAUGAAGAAAGCGAGGAAGGAAAAGCAGCAAUUUCACAACUCAGGUCUCCUCGAGUGAAAGAAUCCAUAUCAAAUUCUGAGCUUUUUCCACCAACGGAUCCUGUGGGUACGUUGCUCCAAGUUCCAGAACAGAUUUCUGCUCAUCUACCUCAGCCAGCUGGGCAGAUGCCUACACAGCCAACGCAAGUCUCUCUCCCACUCCCUGCAGAGCCAGGAAAAACAGCUCAGGCUUUGUCUUCAGGAGCAGGUUCACAAGAAACCAAGAUCCCAAUCAGCUUAGUACUAAGAUUAAGGAAUUCAAAGAAAGAACUAAAUGAUAUUCGAUUUGAAUUUACUCCUGGGAGAGAUACAGCAGAGGGUGUCUCUCAGGAACUCAUUUCUGCUGGCCUGGUUGAUGGAAGGGAUUUAGUAAUAGUGGCAGCUAAUUUGCAGAAAAUUGUGGAGGAACCUCAGUCAAAUCGAUCUGUCACUUUCAAACUGGCAUCUGGUGUUGAAGGCUCGGAUAUUCCUGAUGAUGGUAAACUAAUAGGAUUUGCCCAGCUCAGCAUCAGCUAAACCACAGCCCUGGAAGAGGCGGCCUAAGGAGAUUCCACACAUGCACAUCUCUGUUGCUUCUAUUGGUCUAAACCCACUACUGCCAAAGAACCCGGCAACAAAUCUCCCGGCUAGGAGCUUUAGAGGUCUUUCUUUAUGUUCUUCCUGCCGUCAUUCCUCCUUUUUCCUACAGGGAAAGAAAAGUUGGAUCACCAGUGGCCAGCAUCCCCUUAAAGAGUUCCGUUAGUAGACUUACUCCAUAUGUCCCAUAUCUUCCUCCAUCUGAGAAGUGGCCCAUGUGCCUCAAGUCCCAGGAGGGAGAUCUGUCAGCUCAUUCUUGCCUUACUCCAAUGAUGGCCCAAGUGGAAAGUAGCGCUAUAUUGGGCUUCCUCAUCCUGCCUGUUCUCCCACACCUGCCAGGAUGUGGGCAUCUAGGGAUAUCUCUGUACCACUGAAGUAGCAAUUGAAAGUUGAUUGUUCAGCUGGAGCCCAGAGAAUUUAAUUUAGUGGUUUUUUUUUUUUUUUCCUUUGAACCUGAUGUGAAUUCUAGCAACCUUUGUUAGGAAAAAGCACAGCCUCAGAUGGAGGCAGCCUAAACUGUGUUCUUGUUUUGUUCGUGGUAUUUCUAAGCAUUUUGCUGAAGCUGCUCUCAGGCACCCGGUUCUUCAUUGCUCCCUCCAGAAAGGGUUGCUAGCCUUAACUUCAGCUGGUGCAAAACAUCUGACUGUAGCCAAACUUCAGCCAUUGGAUCCUUCAACACGGAACUUAGCACUGUUAUUAGAGAAAACAUCAAGUAAUGGCUCAUAAAAGUUUUUUUUGCCAGAGGUGGUUUUUGAACAGGAAUCAUAAUUCAAAUUAAAUUAAAGCAAAACUCCUUGAUCCUCCCAUGAAAAUCAAGUUACCUGGCCUCCAAGUCACGAGGAAAUGGGUGUGCAAGGCUGAAAUUUCUACAGCAAUAAAGGAGACUCACAAUCAGCCAGAGAGGCCUGCCUUCUGUCCCCUCUCCUGCACUGACCCUUUGGAGGGGGUCCCUGUGUGCUGAAGCUGACUCAAGACGGAAAGUGAAACCACAUGUGCCGUGACCUUUAGGUUUUAUGAGUAGACAGUGUUCAUUUGAUUUUCUACAGAAAUAAUAUAAAUUAUUCUUUUGGUUUAUAAAAGAGCACUCAUAAUGCAAUAUGUGAAUAAUCAGUGCGGUUGACUUUUCUUUUUUCCUACUGUUUCAUAGUCAGCCUUUGUCUAACUGCUAAUAAUCCUACUAAGUUUUAUAUAUGAAUGGAAUACUCAAUCUGGCCUUAAAAAAACACACAAAGGUAGGUUGUGGGCCCUGGAAAGGUUAGGGUUGCCUUUUAUAGAAUCACUCAAGCCCUUUCCAGCAUUAUUGGUCUGAUGAACAAGAUUGCUUUACCUAAUUUUCUCCUGGAACGUAUCUGAAAGCUUUCCCCAUAACUAACUUGUCACACCUUUUGUUUCAUUCUGAGUCUGUAGUUUUAGUCAUAGGUUUUCUUCACCUGCCCUGGGUGAGGAAACAUUUGGGAAAGGGAUGGAUGUUGGGUAGGAAGAGGUGGGGGAUGGAUUUCAAAUGAGGGUUGAGAGGAGAGUAGAUUAGAAGACCAGACAUCAAAGGUCAAGGUCCCAGCAGACUUGGUAAAAGGUGAGAGCCUGUUGAACUGGGAGGAAGAAAGGAAGAUUAACCAGCUUGCUAGAAAAAUCUUUAGCUUUUCUUUUUCUCUUUUUUUAUUUGGCUGGGGGGGGGGAGUAGGCAUAGUGGGGGGAAGCAAGGACAGGGAGGUGGGAAUGAGGUAUGGAAAAGAGAUAGUGUCCUUUUGACACACAAAUAGUGGCUUACCUUAGAGUCUGGUUUUUGUUUGUUUGUUUGUUUCAAACAAACCCAUCAUAAUCUACUUAUUUAUGAAUCCAAGGGGUAGUGGCAUCACUCUUACAGCUUUCUACGUGGAGGUGGUCUGGCACCCAGCUGGCAGUGAGCAGCAGCCCAUCCCCCGGUUCACUUUCUCCAGCCUGCCAUUACCUUCGAACUGCAGUGGGGUAGGCAUAGGCAUGACAAAUAGAAGUGGGCUGGGGCUUCCUUUUUCUUUUCAGUUUAUUGUUUGCCCUGCUGGGAACUAGAAGACAGAUAACAAGUCCCAGGACAGUGUUAUUUCUUCUUCUGCAUCAUGUGUGGUGGACUCCCUUUGCUGGCUUGUGCAGUGAUGCUGAGAAAAUAAGUGAACAGAAACUACCCAGGUGGGACAGCACAUAGCCUGGUGAGCGACCUCAUUCCAUUCCAGGAGUGGUGGUUUAGGGUUCACCUUUGUUGCUAGGUCCCCGGGAUCCCCUUGUCCCUGGAGUAGGGACUCACUAUAGCACAAAGUAAUAUGUGCCAAUGCUAUUUGUGAAAUGUUUGGUUUUUCUAAAUGACUAAUGGAUUUGUUUGGGGUUUUUGCUUACGUUUUGAACCAAAUUCUAGAGCCAGCUGAUACUAUUUAAUAAUCUGGAAGAUAGAAUAAUGAUGUAUCAAUAAAUGGAGAUUCCUCCUUAUGACAUAUGCUAGAUUAUGGAAGAUGUAAAAUAUUCAACUUUUUCUUCCUUUUUUUGGACUUUGUAUUUUACUGCAUGUUUCUUUCAUUUUUAAUCAAUAAAGAAUAAAUUGUCCUUA